AUGGCUGGGCGGCCUUGUGGAAGAAGGGAGUUCCGGCAGCUCUUGCGUUCGUUGAGGGAAGAUGGAGAGGAUGACUCGGCUGAUGAACCCCACACGAUAGAGCGUGCCCGGGAGGCAAAGGUCGCUCGUUCUAGCAGCACAGACCAGCUGUCAGAUGCCAAAGGUGAGGCAGUCGGCCCAAUGUCAUGGAUGCAGCUUCCCAGGUUUGCUCUGGGUUCAAACUUGCAGCAGCGGCUGGUAGAAACUGCUAUGGCCUGCAGAAGGGCUGCAGAAGAUGUUUGCAGCAGCACAAAGGCUAUGGUCAACCGGUUCUUGAAGCAGAAACGUGCUGUUUUGAAUGAGCUGGGUGAGGCGGAGAUGCUGGAGUGCUCACGCUAUCAGGUCCACAACGGCCUACAGCAAGCAGCGUGUUUCGUGGUGCUUCUCACAGGCUGGUUGAUUGGUGCAGUGCUUCUGAGGAUUGCGUCAAUGGGCAGAAAUUAUGACUCUCCGUACCAGGCGCUGCUUCUAUGCGUCACGCGCAAGUACGACGAAACACCGUCAAAGAUUUCGGUUGCUUUUCAGGACAAGGACAAAGGCUCGAAUGUGCAAAAGGAGUUCAACUCUACUGCCAAGGUCAUGCAAUCACGGCUUCAGAUAUCACUGCUGGUGAAGCACCGACAGUCUGGCGAGUAUUGCUUCAUGGAGUUUAUGUUGCCUUCAUGGCUGAAAGCUCUUGACCGCACAACUGCUGAGACUACCAAACAAGUCCAGCAAGCUCAUUUGGGCUUGGUGCCAAGCCUGACUGAGUCGAGCAGAGCCUUUGGCUUGUACAUUCAUCAAGUCUGCACAGACAAGUAUUCAGCGAAUAUAAAAGCAGAGAAGUCAAUGCAGAGUGAGAUGAGUCAUGGGUGCAUAUCUCACUACACGUGCGAUAUUCACAAGGCUGCCCUUAUACAAAGCAAAACCUUGAAGUUUGUCAGUGGGCACGUGAGCGCGCUGAUUUCGGGCGCGCUUGCGUUUGGCGAGAGCGGAUGUCUGCGCUUACUGAGGCAAUCCCUGGAAGCAGUGCUCGAAGACAAAGUGAGGGUUCUGUAUGGGACUCCCCCGCAAGAUGGGUAUACCGUGAGUUUCAGAAAUGCGGUGCUGGAUGCUUUUCUCCCAGUUCCGAAGGGCACUGUGCAGGACAUCAUGAAGUCCAAAGCCAAGAAGCGAGUUUUCAUGCAGCGAUGGAUCGUUUCGUUCUUUUGCAAUGAUGACAUCCAGGACACUACCCAUGUCACUUUUUGGACGCAUCACUGGCAAGUGGAGCGCCAACAUGUUUUGCGCCUGAUGCGCAAGUUUCUUGUGCCGGCUCUCCUGCCAGCAAAGCCACCUAUGUUCUUUCGUUCGAAGUGGACUGGCUUUCAGCAAUCCUACGAAUACUUUGGGUUGCUGGCAACGAAAGAAGUGCUGAUGAUGCGCCCCCGCUUCGAGAUGGACGUCAAGAGAGUGGGCCGGACGCCAGCGCGGAUCCUUCUUCAGAAGCUGCGUUUCAGGAUGGAAGAUGAAAAAGAAAUGGAUGUUGUCACUGGCAACAUUGACUGGAAAGAAUUCCACGUCAAGAUGAAGCAAAAGUUUCGGAUGUGGGUGAAGACGGACCCUGGCGCAGUCCUCCUCAUCAUGGCCAUGGUCAUGAAGCCGUUGCUGAAUUUGGUGCACCGUUUGCUUGCAAAGGGGUCGAAAGCUUGGGAGGACAAUGAAAAGUUCAAGCAAGCCACGCAACAAGGCAGGACAUAUGUUGUCCUUGAAGCGUGCAGAAUGACCGACUUGAAAACCUUCAGGCAGGAGCUCAACUCUGCUUUCGAAACAGAGAUCCUCGGCAUCUCACAAAAGAAGCACACGCUUCAGCAUCAGGUUCUGGCUGUGCGCAUGCUUUCCGCUGCUGCGUGCGCUUGCGAGUUUUACCUCCACAGUGCCUGGCGAGCCUAUCCUGUGCAAUUGUUUGCUGCUUUGGACGGAGACGACAAGCUGUUCAAUGCGAAGCCGUGCUUGUUGUGUCCUCUUGCAAAGCAAAUCCGGGAGAAGUUCCCGGAUUCUGCCGCCAUGGAAACAGAGGACUUCCAAGUGGUUUUGCGAGUUCUUGCGGCGCGAUUCUCUCUCGAUAUCUCAGAUUUAGAAAGCCGGCACGCUUCAACGCGGAGGAUCAGCGCUGUGAAAUCCGUGCAGGCAAAGAGGCCACAGCUGGCGUGUGUGAGCGCGGACUGGAUCUGCAGAUCCAACAGCAACGCUCGCCGCGAAGUCUUCAUGGAAGCAGAGCCAAAGAGGGGCCGCAAGUCGGGAACUGCUGAGCCAGAGGAGGACAAACCGAAGAAGCACAGGGCGAACCCAUGGCAUGGGUUUCUCAGCGACGAGUGCAAGGGCAAGAUCGCUUCAGCAGAUGUGGACAUGGCAAGUUUGGGUGAGCGGUUUCGAAAUUUGGACAAGGAGACACGGGCGCAGUAUGUGGAGAGAGCCAAGCUGGCGAAGCUUGCGUAUGAGCGGAACUUGCCCAAGCCAUAUGGACAGCCUGUGGAUCCGCAGGCCUAUUUUGCAAAAAGCCGCAGUUCCAGCAGUUUGGUACCUGCAGAGAUGGGUGGCCUUGCCGCUGAGUUCGACUCUGGCAUGAGUCUUGUGAAGUCCCAGCAAACUGAGCAUGAUGCGGCGCUGAAGAAGUGGCAGAGCGAGGUUGUCAAGACUUUGCGGGAACACAAGGAGGAUGAAACACAUCUUCAGCAAUGUUUGGCAGAUUGUCCUUGUAUGAUGUCUUCGUAUGGUCCGGCUCUGGUGGGCGUACAUGGUGGGCGCGUGCACGUGCCAGCAGAUGAUUUUGCAGAGGCGCCUGUAACAGUAGUUUCUGGGUUUCUUUCCUAA